AUGAUGCGGCUCACCCGGUCCUUGCGGGCGACGCCGCCCAAGUACGUGUCUCUGCGCUACGCCCCGUCCUUUCGGCUGCCGCAGCCCAGCGAGGUGGUGGGGGUGGCGACCAAACGCAUCCCCCCCGACUGCGUUCCCGCGUUUGUCGUGCCAGAGGUGAUCGACGCCGCGGAGGAGCAGGCCCUCCUCGCCCUCGCCGCGCCGUGGUUUGCGCGGCUCCCGUACAACGACGGCCACAUGGACUCGCUGAUUCACCACUUCAAGGAGUUUUAUCGCCCCUAUCGGGAGCUCGUGGGGGAAGCCGCGGGCGAUGUAAACCGCAGCUGCUGCGACGCGCUGGACGAAGCCACGCUGACGCUCGCCCGCAACGCGCUGCGGCGGUGCCGGAAGCUGGCCUCCGAGUACCUCGUCAACAUACCCCUCGAUGACCGCGUGCACUUUUUGCGGCUGAGCGGCAGCGGGUUCAUUCGCGCGCACGUGGACGACAGCCGCAAUUCAAGCGGCAUCGUGGCGGGCCUCUGCCUCAGCUCCGCGCGCGUGAUGACGCUGACGCACCCGAAGCAUCCCGGGGAGAGGCUGGAGCUGCUGCUGGCCCCGCGCGCGUUUUACGUCCUCAUCGGGAGCGCCCGGUACGAAUGGGAGCACAGCGUCGACUGGGAGACCGACGACCCGGAGCACCUCCGGCGGGUGCGGGGGGAACUGCUGGCGGAAGGAAACCCCGUCGUGUUCGACGGAAAGGAAACGCCGCACAGGCGAGAGGAGCGCACGGCAAUCAUAUUUCGCGGGGUGCCGCCGAUGCAGCUGCUGCUCUCGAAGAUGCAAAAGAAACACCCGGCGGCCUGA